UGCGGCGGCAGACGGUGGGUAGCAGAGAUGUAAUUCACAUUCACACAUGGUGAAUUGAGAGCAGCCACCAAGAACUUUCGUCCCGACCAGAUUCUUGGAGAGGGAGGGUUCGGAAUCGUCUACAAAGGUGUUAUAGAUGAAACCGUCAGGCCAGGUUUCAGUUCCUCUCUGGUCGCUGUCAAAGCGUUGAACCCUGAUGGCUUACAGGGGGAUAGGGAGUGGUUGACUGAAGUGAACUAUCUUGGGCAGCUUAGCCAUCCAAACCUUGUCAAACUUAUUGGCUACUGUUGUGAGGAUAUGCACAGGCUACUGGUCUAUGAAUACAUGGCAUGUGGAAGCCUCGAAAAGCACCUGUUCCGACGGUUAUGUCUUACAAUGCCGUGGUCUACUCGAAUAAAGAUUGCCUUAGGUGCUGCAAAAGGGCUUGCCUUCCUUCAUGGUGCCAGAAGACCUAUUAUCUAUCGUGACUUCAAGACAUCCAAUAUAUUGCUUGAUGCUGAUUACAAUGCAAAGCUGUCAGACUUUGGGCUGGCAAAGGAAGGACCUAUGGGAGAUGAAACACAUGUUUCUACUCGGGUGAUGGGCACCUAUGGCUAUGCAGCUCCUGAGUACGUAAUGACUGGUCAUUUAACCGCCAAAAGUGAUGUGUAUGGUUUCGGAGUUGUGCUUCUUGAGAUGCUGAUUGGAAGGAGAGCAAUGGACAAGAGCAGGCCAAGCCGAGAGCACAACCUGGUAGAGUGGGCUCGCCCACUCCUCAUCCACAACAAGAAGUUGCUGAAGAUAACAGAUCCAAGAAUGGAAGGUCAGUAUACGGUUAAAACCUUACAGAAGGUGGCUAACAUAGCAUACCAAUGCCUUAGCCAGAAUCCAAAAGGGAGACCAGCCAUGAGCCAGGUAGUCGAGACCCUGGAAAGCCUCCAGGACCUGCCUGAGACCACACAAGAUUUGCAGCUGCAGGGCAGUGAGACUGCUGUCACCCUCUAUGAGGUUCCUAAAGAAACAGGUGCCAUUGUCAAUGGGCAUAAACCCAAUGGUGCACGAGAAGAGGGUAAUAAAAACUCAAGCACGACAAGAGAAAGCAGAAAUGGAGGAAGGAGAAGUAGGACGAGGCCAGCAAAUGGAAGAAGUAAGAGUGAACCCCCUAAGGAACUACAGUUAUUCAUCCCGUCGCCAGAUUCUGAUGGCCCUUCCCCACCUUCUACUUGUAAGGCAAAUGCAAAGCCAUUAAUUGAUGAGAUUGAUAUGCAUAAUAACUCCAAUAAUAUUUGACAGAUACUGUCGAGGCGGUCUGUUGAAGAUGCCUUCAGUACUUCUUAAUAUAUAAAGUGUUUAAAAUUCACAACCA